CGAACCGGAACCGGAAACCGAGGAAACGCAAUGGCGAUGCUCGGAAUCGUUUACGUGAGAAACAGCAGCACUAUGUCGCUCUCCAAAUAUUUAGGCCCACUUUAAACUUAUUUAAACGUUCUGUGUUGUUCUAGUUCAUAUUUUACGCACUAAGAGGAGGAUGAGCGCAGAAGCGGCCGACCGGGUCGCCGCCGUGACGAGCAGCCGGCCGGGCACGCCGCUCCAGACUUCCUGGUUCGAAUUCCUCCUGGACGCGUCCCUGCUGGAGAAACACCUGCAGAAGUCCAACCCAGACCCGACGGGCGUGCAGCUGGUCGUCCAGUUCCUGGAGCAGGCGUCCAAGCCGUCGGUGAACGAGCAGAACCAGGUGCAGCCUCCCGCCGACAACCGCAGGAAUCGAACCUUGAAGUUGCUGGCGCUCAAAGUGGCGGCGUACAUGAAGUGGGACCUCGACGCGCUGGAGAAAGGCUUGAGCAUCCCCGUGUUGAACAUGCUGCUGAACGAGCUGCUGUGCGUCAGCAAAGUGCCGGCGGGCGUGAAACACGUGGACCUGGACCCGUCCACGCUGCCGCCCACCACCGCCAUGGCCGUCCUCAUCUACAACCGCUGGGCCAUCAGAACCAUCGUGCUGAGCAGCUUUCCCGAGAAGCAAACCAAACCGGGGCCGCACCAGAUGAACAUGUUGAGUGUCGUGCAGCAGGAAAAAGAGAUGACAGACAACAUCCUCAGUGUGUUAAAGGAGCAGGCCAGCGACUCCAUCAGCGUCCUGGCGGGGGCGCUGCGUCUGAAGAAGGACUUCUACGUGCACACCGUGAGGACUCUGGACCUGUUGGCCGCCGAUACCGCCGCCGCCAACGGCGAGACCGAAUCCUCCACGGCGGGCCUCCGCAUCAGCGCUAACGAGCUGCACUGCCAGGUUCACUACGACUUGGGCGCCAUUUUCUUCCAGCACGGUUGCACGGACCGGCCGGCCUUUGAGAAAGCCAGAGACCACUUCAGGCAGACCAAGGAGCUCUUGAAGAAGCUGGACUCGGCCGUGCACGUCCACCUGGACGAGGAGCGCCUGGCGGGCUACUGGAACGCCUGCAAAGCUCUGACCGGCGACUGCGACUCCCGCGACUCUCAGACCACGCGCUACGACCAGAUCAACGGGCUGCUCGGCGCACGCGGCUACCAGGCCGUGGUGGAAGCGUUCAUCAAGGACAACGCCAGCCGCACUUUGCCCAAGCACUUCAGGCACUCGGUCCUCAGGGAGCUCUCGUACAAGGCCCAGCAAGGGGAGGCGGGCCUGGACGAGGUGUGCCGCCAGCUGUGCGUGUGCAACGCCGUGCGCGACGCCCUGGAAGCGGAAGUGCUCAGCGUGCGCUUCCAGCAGCUGCUCAUGAAGCCCAGCAAGCGCCUGCUGGACUUCAUUUUAGAGGUGUGCACGCGGUCCCUGGAGAAGGAGCGUUCGUCAGAAGCAUCCAGAAGGAACAUGGCUACUUUCAUGCGCGGCCUUUGCGAAGGCCUGGAGGAUCUGUCGCUGGCGUUGGUGGUGUCCUCUCACAAGCUCUUCGGCGAGCUCCUGAGGGAGGAGGAGAGGAAGCUGCUGGCGGAGCAGCUGAGGAAGCGCUCGGCCGCCGUCGACCUCGGCGCCAAGCCGCUGCCGUCCUUCUACGACAUCCCGGCGUCGGUCAGCGUGAGCGUCGGGCAGCUGGAGCAGCGGCUCAUCCUCUGCUCGGACCCGCGCGGGAUCCGGCAGAUCCUCAACGAGCUGCACGACGUGGCCGACAGACCCUUCUGGAGAGUCAACGGCAAGUGGGAAGUCCCUCCGGACUACAUCAACGUGAUCCUGGCCAUCAAAGACAACCUGACCAAAGACCUGGUCUACAUCCUCAUGGCUAAAGGCCUCCACUGCACGGCCAUUAAGGACUUUGUGCACGCGCGGCAGCUGCUUUCGGCCUGCCUGGAGCUGGUGACGGAGUUCUCCCCGCGUCUGCGGCAGGUGAUGCUCAACGAGCUGCUGCUGACGGAGGUGCGAGCCCACGAGACGGCGGCGGCCGACGGCGGCAAGGAGCGGCCGCCGCCCGACCUCGUCAGCAGAGUUCGCGGAUACCUGGAGAUGAGGAUACGCGAUCUUCCGCUGCGGCAGGCGGUCGGCGAGGAGUGCGUGGCCUUCAUGUUGAACUGGAGGGAGAACGACUACUUGACGCUGCAGGUGCCGCCCUCGGCCGUCGCCAACAACCCUUACGUCAAGCUGGGCCAGCUCCUGGCAUCUACGUGCAAGGAGCUCCCGGGUCCCAAAGAGAGCCGGCGCACGGCCAAGGAGCUUUGGGACGCGGUGGUGCAGAUCUGCAGCGUCUCCUUGCAGCACAAGAGGAGCAACGACGGGCGCGUGGGACUCAUCAAGCACCGCGAGUCCUCCAUGGGCAUCCUGCACAGGAGUAAAUUCAUCACGUUUGUCAAGAAGAUCCGAGAGCCGCUGGUGCUGACCACGUUGAUCUCGCUCUUCGUGCGGCUGCACAGCAUCGUCCGGGACGACAUCGUCAACGACGUGACGGCCGAGCACCUCUCCAUCUGGCCGGCGUCGCUGCCCAACAUCCAGGCGGUGGACGUGGAGGCGGUGGCCGUGACGGUGAAGGAGCUGGUGACCUACGCCCUCACGCUGAACCCCAACAACCAAUCGUGGCUCAUCACGCAGGCCGACAUCUACUUCGCCACCAACCAGUACUCGGCCGCCCUCAACUUGUACCUGCAGGCCGGCGGCGUGUCGUCGGAUUUCUUCAGCAAGGCCGUCCCGCCCGACGUCUACACGGACCAGGUUCUGAAGAGGAUGAUCAAGUGCUGCUCCAUGAUGAACUGCCACACACAGGUGGCGGUCCUGUGCCAGUUCCUGCGGGAAGUGGACUACAUGACGGCGUUCAAAGCGCUCCAAGAGCAGAACAGCCACGACGCCAUGGACUCCUUCUACGACUACAUCUGGGACGUCACCAUCUUGGAAUACCUCACGCACAUCCACCACAAGCGCGGCGAGACAGAAAAGAGACAAAUAGCGAUCAAAGCCAUCGGUCAGGCCGAGCUGAACACGAGCAACCCGGAGGAGGUUCUGCAGCUGGCGGCGCACAAGCGCAAGAAGAAGUUCCUGCAGGCCAUGGCCAAGCUCUACUUCUGAGUCCCUUUUCCAAGGUUGUGCUACAACAUCGGACAUUUGCUAAUAGAUACCUUUUGGACACGGGCUGCGUCGUCCGCACCAGGAAGUUACUAGUAGCGGGGAAAAAAAAAAACCUUCAGAGGAUUGUCUCAGCCCCGUUUUCACACUCUCCGUCGACACAAACCUCAAAUAUGAUACAUUUAUAAUAUAAACGUGCCCCGAGGGCGAGGAGGGAAAGGCGGCGACCCGCACGGCCGGCUAGCCUGCGCGCGUCUUCCCGUCGCACUUCGGGGAAACAUUGGGGCGCGACGCCGCUUUGGGAAGAUCGGAACACCACUGAUGACAUCGUUCGUCGUUUGCUGUUGUGUUUUGCGCUUCAGGGCCACUUUUUAGUACAAUACAUUCGCAUGAAAUGUGUUCAGUCUUUGUUUUCAAACGUUUAUUUAGGGCUAAUGUAUUUCUUUAUACAUCUAUUUUUUUCGCUCUACAUUUCAAUGGAUGAAUGAACAAAGUCAGCAUAGGGCGCAGUAGCCAAUAUGACCACAAGUUGGCGCCACGGUGUUUGGAGCCAAUUCGAAGGGCAGCCGGAGAGCAGCUUAUUGUUGCGGGAAUCAAACCCGAUGCCUUGCGGUCCCGGGCCGCAUUCUCAACCGCUUGGUCAGAGCUGAACAAGCGAGAGGAGAAAGAUGUCGAAAAUGUGGAACAUGUUCACCAAAGUACAUGAUUGUUGUUGUGCGUGGACAUGUAUUUCUUCUUGCUUUUCUGGCAUUUACUUUUUUUUUUUUUAAUUACCAAAUGAAAUGCCUGAGGACGUUUCAUUUUCGCAAAUUGAGCUUUCAGGUACAAUUGAAACAACCCCCCCAAAAAGAAACUAGCGUGUGGGCAUUUUUUUGUACUUAAAAGCGGAUUUCAUAAACAUUCAAACGUCAACAACA